AGGGAAGCCUGUCUCUAUUGUUUUUAUACCAGCACUUAGUUUUAGCUUCUCUAUUUGGCAUGCUCUUCUUUUUGCAUCAUUGUAGCAUUGCCUCUCUUUUUCGCUACAUCUUCUUGUUUCUAGAUUGCCCCCCUCAUGCUGUAUGGUCGUUGUGAAUACAUGUGUUCUUCCGGGAUCUACAGCACAGAGCUGAAAACACUCUUGUACUUCUUGGUCAGAAAAGUCUUCCAAACCCAGUUGUAUUGUCGCUUUUUCUUCUUUUGCCUUUCUUGCAAAGGUAAAGCAUGCACCAAAACCAUCUGUUUGAAUACAGCAGGUAAAUUUAUUUUGACUCUCAAGAACUUUGUCCAGGCUUUCGUAGCCAAACUUCUUGAAGUUAGAAAUCGAAUAAAACAAGUUUACGUUGCCUUAGUAAGUGCCAUCGCUCUUGUGUUUUGUAAUUGCUUGCAACGCCUUUGUAUUUAUAUAAAUAUAUCGCCAAUGGAUAGACUGCGUGGGCAUUAACGAAAAGCGUCUAGACAUUUUUACUUUAUCGUCUUUGUGCUCGUUACAAAGUUUUUCAAGUUCAGAUGUCAUAACAACCAAAGCAGGCACGAAUUUUGUUGGAGAAACGGCAAGGUUCUUGACAGUAGACGGUAUGGGAAGCCUAACUUGUAACACAUUACAUAUAGGAAGUAUUUGUGCUAUAUUCUGGAUUGAAACAAGAUCAAAGUACUGGAUAG